UCCAAUCAAAGCUGUAGGAUCGAUGCAGCUCCCUUAUUCUCCUUGUAUUUAUACAAUUUGACCUCAAACCCAUAUUUUCAAUUCUCUCUCAACAUGUUUUCCAACUUCUGAUCCUCUUUUCACUGUAAUUCUGUCUCAAAACCCUUGAAGAUCAGGCUCCCAGCUGGUUCGGAGAGAUUUUCGAGUCGCUCGAGUCGAUCAAACACGGUCGAUAAGUAUUCGAGGCAGUUACAAAUUUUGUUAAUCAAAUGGAGAGAGGUUGGUUGAGGAAGAGACGAUGAAGGGAGGACUUUAUAAUUGGCUGAUUAUCCUCAUAUUCGUGCACCCAACUACGGCACAAGAGGGUUUUGUGAGCCUAGCAUGCUGUGCAGAUUCAAACUUCAAGGACACAAACACAAGCAUUGAUUGGGCACAAGAUUCCCAGUGGUUGGGAAGUUCAUCAAGCUGCAAAAACAUAAGCAGCAAUGGGAAAGCUCGAAUCUUUGGCAUGGACAUGGGGAAGAGAGCUUGCUACCAUUUAAGCACUGUGGAAGGGCAGGAAUAUGUGAUAAGGGGCACGUUUCUUGCGGCUGCCGGGGGCUCAUCCUUUCGUGUUUAUAUUGGGAGUACCCUUCUGGGUUUGGUGGGGUCGUUCCAGGACUCGGUGGUUGAAGGAAGCUUCAGAGCUAAAAGGAGCUAUGAAGAGUUUUGCUUGGACAAGGAUAAGGGACAGCCUUUUAUAUCCUUUCUUGAGCUUCGAAGGCUUCAUGAUUUUAGAUAUCUCAACCCCUUUCCUUCUCACAUUCUCAAAUUGAUUGCCAGAGUUAAUGUUGGGGUAUCCACACCAUUGGAGAUCAG